AUGGAGACCCUGAGGCUGAGGCGGCAGGCUGCCCGUCCCCUCGUCCCCCGGGGGACCCUUGAGACCGACUUUCCCGCGCCACUGUCCAGUGAUGACUACCUGUCCCUGGAGGGCCCACGCUGGGCACCAGCCAUCAAGCAGGCCACGCGCUGGAAGUAUACGCCCAUGGGCCGGGACGCAGCUGGCCAGCUGUGGUACACAGGCCUGACCAAUUCAGACCCCCGUGAUGCCUGGUACCUGCUGCCCCGAGCACUGGAUAGCCCCAACCGUGCCGCCUACAGGCGCUGGCACGGAUGCCACGGCCACCGGGAGCAGAGUCUGCCUUCACCCUACACCCAGCGCCUGCGGGAGUCCUCGUGGUACGACGCAACCAUCCCCGCCCAGUAUCAGGUGCCCGGCACCCGAUGGGGGAGCCUGCUGUGGAAAGACAGACCCAUCUGGGGGAAGGAAUACGUGACCAACAGGGACAGAUUUGGAGCAGAGCCACAGUUGCAGGCAUCUGACUACGUGCAGUACCUGUCUCCGCCCCAGCGCCCGAGAUACACGACCCAGGACUACCGGCAGUGGAACCUCGAGCCCUACUGCCCCUCGACCAACCUGCGGCCCCCGCCCAUCUACGCACCCACAUACUUAUAA